CAUGACCAGGUCUGCUUGUCUCCACUUUCCAGAGAUGGAGCAGAAGGAAGAGAAGCCCUCUGAGGACGGGACCACUGUCUCCCCAACCCCAGAGGCCCCGGUGACGCAGGGAGGUGGAGCCUCUGCAGAAGAGGCCAAAGGUACAACCCAGCUGAGCGUCAAAGAGGGGCCUCCGGAUGGAGCAGGAAAGCAGGAAAGAGCACAAGCCGAGGACAGCACGCCAGCUGAACUUCAGAGGGAAGCCAAUGGGCUGGAUGAGGCCAAGGUGGAAUCCAAAACGGAGGCUGAACUUCACGAGGAGGAUGGCAGGAAGGGAGAGGACACAGAGGCUCCUCAGGAGAUGACUGAUGGAAAGGAAGAGACCCAACCUGACCCCAAGGAGGCUGAGGAAGCACAGGGGACCACGCUGGCCUCUGAGAAGCAGCAAGCUGAUGAGAAGGAGGCCAAGCCCCAAUCUAGGGAGGAAGCCCGUGUGAAUGAUGAGGCUGAGGCUGAGCCCAAGCAGGCUGCUGGGGCGCAGGAGGCCAAGACUGGAGCCAGGGAGGCUGAUGGGAAGGAGGAGGCCACAGUGGCCUCUCAAGAGAAGAGCAGCAAGACAGAGGAGCCCGUGGCUGAAGCCCAGAAGAAAGCCAGUGCCCCAGAAGCCAGGUCAGACCUUCAGACGAAGGCUGCUGUGGAAGGGGAGGCGGACGCUGAACCUCGGGAGGCUGACGUGAAGGAGGAGGCGGUGAGUAAGGCAAAGGAGAGGAGGGAGGAGGCCCCCACAGAGCCAGGUAGUCCCAAGGAAGAGCAGGACCAGGGUGUGGAGAGAGAGUCAGAGGAAGGAGCAGGAGUGAUUCCCAGCUCCCCUGAGGAAUGGCUUGACAGCCCCACAGAGGAGGGCAGUGGCCUCCGCCCAGAUGGGUUGGGUCCAGACACAGCAGCUUCCGGAGAGACCAGUCCUUCAGCCAGUGAGUCUUCACCCAGCGAGGUGCCCCAGAGUCCCACAGAGCCCCCUCCCUCCCAGGAGAAGAAGAAAGAGAAGGCACCAGAGCGCAGGGUGUCAGCCCCUGCCCGGCCGCGGGGGCCCCGGGCACAGAACCGCAAAGCCAUCGUGGACAAGUUUGGCGGGGCAGCGUCGGGCCCCACGGCCCUGUUCCGAAACACGAAGGCAGCCGGGGCAGCCAUCGGCGGUGUCAAGAACAUGCUCCUGGAGUGGUGCCGGGCCAUGACCAGAAACUACGAGGUGGGCAGGGAGCAGGGGCCGUGUGGGGCAGGGGACCCUUCCCCGGGGCGGCAGGUGGCGCAGAGCUCGAGGGGCUCACCAAGGCCUGCUCUGGGCCCCGCUCACCGGCAGCACGUGGACAUCCAGAACUUCUCCUCAAGCUGGAGCAGCGGCAUGGCCUUCUGCGCGCUCAUCCACAAGUUCUUCCCCGACGCCUUUGACUACGCUGCGCUGCAGCCCACGCAGCGCCGGCACAACUUCACCCUGGCCUUCUCCACCGCAGAGAAACUGGCCGACUGCGCCCAGCUGCUGGAGGUGGACGACAUGGUGCGGCUGGCGGUGCCUGACUCCAAGUGCGUCUACACCUACAUCCAGGAGCUCUAUCGCAGCCUUGUGCAGAAGGGGCUGGUGAAGACCAAGAAGAAAUGAGGAGUGGACCGGCC